AUGGCUUCUGCUGAAGCCUCUGCCCGGCUUGAAGCCGAACUAUCCCUCCUCGAGGCAAUGUAUCCAGGAAAUAUCACCUUUGAUUCUCGAGGUCGAGAUGUCCACUACACGCCGAGCCACUCGCCCAAGAGCACCCUGACCAUACGACUCCCGGAACAAUAUCCCGAAGACGGAUGUCCCGAAGUGAUUUCUGCUUGUGACGAGUCCAGAAAUGACAUCCGCGACAGGAUACGACGGGCCAUUGAUGCUCUGGGUGUAGGAGGUACAGGUGUGGAGGUCCUGGACCAGGUCAUCAACAUCUUUGAGGAUGUCAUUUCCGAGACCCCGUCAAACCCGACAGCGAAGUCAGCCCAGGAGUCCAAGGGCAAAGAACCCCAAGCUCUCGGGAAUCAACGAGCAAGGACCGUGAUCAUCUGGCUCCACCACCUCCUGGCAACCUCAAAGCGAAAACUCGCAUUGAACCCGGCCCUGAGCCUUUCCACCCCUGCGUCAACGCCGGGCAAGGCCAUCUCCGGCGUCACCAAGCCCGGAUACCCAGGAAUCAUGGUGUUUUCCGGACCCGGCGACCUCGUGGACUCCCACGUUCGCGAGCUUAAAGCACUGAAUUGGCAGGCGUUCCAGGUCCGUUAUGAUUCGGACGAGGCUGCCCGCCAGCCAGACCGACAAACCAGCGACGAGUGGGCGUUCUCGCACGGCAGCGGGAAGGUCGUCGAAGUCGAGUCGAUGGCGGAAGUGGUCCAGGCCAUCGUGAGCGAGGAGCACAGGCAGCUCUUCUUGAAGGCCGUCGGCGUCAAGUGA